CUGAAGGUUUCCGCCAUUUUGAUGUCAGUGCGGAAGUUGUAGUUGUGUGGAACGGCUGACGGUUCCGCCUUUUCAUGGUCAGGUAGCUGCCGGUGCAUCGGCUGCCUUUUUUUUGUUUUUUUUUGGCCGCUUUGCCACGAGAAAGUUACCUGAAAAUGGCAGGCAGACUACCGGCUUGUGUCGUGGACUGUGGCACAGGGUAUACAAAGCUUGGAUAUGCUGGGAAUACAGAGCCACAAUUCAUAAUUCCAUCAUGUAUUGCCAUCAAGGAGUCUGCAAAGGUUGGUGACCAGGCACAAAGGAGGGUGAUGAAAGGGGUUGAUGAUUUGGAUUUCUUCAUAGGCGAUGAAGCAAUAGAUAAACCUACUUAUGCAACAAAGUGGCCUAUUCGUCAUGGUAUAGUUGAAGACUGGGAUCUCAUGGAGAGAUUUAUGGAACAAGUCAUUUUUAAAUACCUUCGAGCAGAGCCAGAAGAUCAUUAUUUCCUUUUGACUGAACCGCCACUGAAUACUCCUGAAAAUAGAGAAUAUACUGCUGAAAUCAUGUUUGAAUCCUUCAAUGUGCCUGGCCUUUAUAUUGCUGUCCAGGCUGUCCUUGCGUUAGCUGCCUCGUGGACAUCUCGACAAGUUGGAGAGCGAACGUUGACUGGAACUGUAAUAGACAGUGGAGAUGGUGUCACUCACGUCAUUCCAGUGGUAUGUAUUGCUCAAACUGUUGCUUAA